CGGACAUCCGGCUGUGUGAUGAUGGUUAGUGAGCAGUGAGCACCCGGGAGGGUGAGCGGCUCUUAGAUUACAUAAUUUAGACUUUAAAAAAAAAGAGUAUAGGCUAUAUUUUAUUUGUUUUGAAUCCCAGGUUGUUUUGAGCUUUCUCGGACAGUCCCGGAGUUUAGUGGCCGCGCGAUGCCACUGUUUUAAUCUGUGUUGCGGGAGGAGCGACACAUGUGCGGCAGGAGGACCGCGGCUCGCCGGACAGGACACCGAUGAAGACUGAGGUCAGGAGAAGGAGACGCAACAUGUUUGACGCGGCGGGGGUCCCCCUCAUCGGGCUGGACGCGAUCUGCCUCAUCCUCGUUGGACUUCCAUUUUUCAUCCUCACCCCUCAACACAACCCCUUCAAGCGGGGUUUCUUCUGUAACGAUGAGUCCAUCCGAUACCCCCUCAAAGAGGACACCAUAUCCUACCAGCUGCUGGGCGGAGUCAUGAUCCCCUUCACACUGGUCGUGAUCGUCUGCGGCGAGUGCCUUUCUGUUUACAUGUCUCGCAUCAAGAACCAGUCUGCGGGGACCAAGUACGUGGCGUGCGUCUACAAAGCAGUGGGCAGCUACGUGUUCGGAGCGGCCGCCAGCCAGUCCCUGACGGACAUCGCCAAGUACUCCAUCGGCCGCCUGAGGCCAAACUUCCUCGCCGUGUGCCAACCGGCGUGGAACGGCAUCAACUGCCAAGCUGGCGGCUACGUGGAGAACUUCACCUGCACUGGGGAAAAGUUCCUGGUGGACGAGGCCAGACUGUCCUUCUACUCUGGUCAUUCAUCCUUCUCCAUGUACUGCAUGCUGUUCCUUGUACUGUACAUUCAAGCGAGGCUGAGGUCCGAGUGGUCGAGGCUGCUGCGUCCCACCAUCCAGUUCUUCCUGACGGCCACCGCUGUGUACGUGGGUCUGUCCCGCGUGUCCGACUACAAACAUCACUGGAGCGACGUGCUCACUGGCCUCCUGCAGGGAGGGCUCGUGGCCACUCUCACAGUGUUCUGCGUGUCCAAUUUCUUUGAACAGCCAGUGGAUCCCGUGGUGUCACAGGAGGAAGAGGCCUCGCACACCAGCUUUCAGGAAAACCCUCCCAACGGGAACCACUACGGCAGCACGGAGUGAAUCGGAGGCCUCAAAGCCAAACCGCUACGGGGCCCGCUGACCUUAAAAAGGUCUCGGAGGGCCUUAAAAACAAUGAACUGCAAGUGUUUGAUAUUAACUGCGUGCUGUUGCUGUAAAUUUCUCCAACACGGUUUUCCCGGCGGAGCUCACGACGGAUGCAGCUGCCACCGGCGGUGUGCUCGGCAGACUUUGCGGGAGCACGACAGGAGACGGUUCUGGCACUUUACUGAGAUUUAAAGAAGCAGAGGUUCUUUUUUGGGUAGAUCAAACACGAUAUGGUUUAUGGGUGGACAAAACUAAAUACAGUGUUGGCUUGUUGUAAAUGGGGUUGCUCGUGCACAUUGGUCAGAUGCUGCCCUCAUGAAUGAAUGGAAUUCCUUUCGCCCCCGAAUAUAAUGAGCGUCUGUGUGUGCGCUACAAGCAGGCUUGUAGAGGGCCCGGCGUCUGCGAAUGAGAAAACCUGGACUGUCCUUCGACUUUCAGAUGGAGACUGAACCCAGAAGUGGAUGUUCUGUUAUAUGCGGAUAUGUCCUGAUCUUAUUUCAUGUAUGCAAAAGUAGGAAGCUCCAUAUUUUUUAUCAAUGCAUCCGCUUCAAACGGUGUUUGGAUCAGUACCCGGGGAAAUGAUGUGUGACGAAUAAAGAUUAAAGCUCUGUUUUGCUACUUUGUUACAAAGAA